CGAAAACAUACUAAGCUUAGCUAUCUCUCUCCUCUCUUCUUCUCCUUCUUCAUUUCCUUCUUGGUUGGUCAGUCCCCAUCAACCUAAUAUGCUCAGUAGUAGUAGCCCUGAUCUUCCCCGGAACCGGAAGUCCCUGCAAAUCAAGCAAGAUGACAAGUUCUUCUCUAGGCUUGUGUCUAAGGACAGUUCCAUGGCCAACCCUUCUUUCAGAGUCUACUAUGGAGGUGUCUCCGGGGCAGUCCCAUUCGUGUGGGAGUCUCAGCCUGGUACCCCAAAACAUACAUUUUGUGACACCUCUCUCCCUCCCCUCACACCACCUCCAUCCUACUAUUUCAACAAUGGAAACAAGAAAACAGUAGACAAGGACUCGAGAUCUAAAAUUUUUCACAAUUUAUUCCGAAGGAUCAAUCUGAAGAAAGCCCAUGUGCCACAAUCACUAUCUUCAUCAUCAUCUUUAUCAUCUUCAUCGAGGUCAUCAUCACAUUCAUCGAUGUCAGUUCCAAGCACACAUUCCAGCUUCCUUAGACGGAGGCGAUAUUCGACUCCCAGCUCAUCAUCAUUUGAUGGUAUGAUAUGUGAUGAAGCGUUGGCGGGAUCGGAUAGUUCAUGGUUGUGUUUUGGCAUUGGUAAGGACAGGAAUGGUGGGCUUCGAGGACGCUAUUCGGUUGUGAUCAUGAAGAAAGCCUUGCUGUCGAUGGUCGGCCGUGGAUCUGGAUACGCUACAGCUUAGCAAUUCUCCAUAUAAUCUUGUUUAUCUUUUCUUUAGCUUGAUGUUGGAGCUUGUUGCCCUCUGAUGGAGGGUUUUCCUAGUUAUCUUGUAUGGUAGUAACUUCAACUACCACAACUAGCAAUUGAAAUGUAUGGUAAUGGUUGGUGUUGGUCCCAAAAAGAGUAAUAAGCAAGUUCAAUUUCAGUAUGAAUGUAAAUCGUGU